GGCACGAACCCGUUUACUGAACAGAAGAAGAAGAAGAAGAACCAUAGCAACGAUUAAAACAAAGAUGGCGGUGUCAGCUGCUGUGUUCUGGUCCAGUUCAACACUAUUCUGUUUAUUCCUCUCGUUUACUGACGUCACUACGAACGAAAACACAACAAGCGACAACUUGAGUACGACGCCGGGUGACCAGGACGUCACAUACGACGUUACGGACAGUUAUACACCGACACAGCCGACAGAGUUUGACUCCACAACGCCGACACCGACACCGACACCGAGCUACAGCAGCACCGAGGAGCCCGUCCAGCCCACCGUGCCCGCUGAGCCGACCGAGGAGCCCGUCCUGCCGACCGAGGAGCCUGUCCUUUCGACACCGAACUCCAGCAGCACCGAGCAGCCCGUCCAGCCCACCGUGCCCGCUGAGCCGACAGAGGAGCUCGUCCUGCCCACCGUGCCCGCUGACCCGCUGCCCGUCUCCGGCCGCCUGCUCACCCCCGUCACUAACGUUGACAGCUUGUGUCCCUGUGACGAGCACAAGGAUGUGUGUGACAUCAACUGCUGCUGUGACAGAGCGUGCAGUGAGGAGGUGGCUCUGUUCACCGGCUGCUCAGUGGACACUAUCAGUGGCAAAAAGCAGCUCUGCAGCCACGACGUAGCAUCCUACUCUUUAGGGAGCACAGUAGAUGGCUACUCCGAGCUACAGUCGUCUGUCCGGAAGGAGACUAAUUAUGACAUCUUCUGCAUUCAGUCGCAGAACCGUGUUGAUGGAUUAUCUCAUCCCCCUCCUGUUCUGCCAGCUGACAGCAACUUUGACUCACUCUUUAAAGAAUUCACCAGCUUUAUCUUUGGCUCAGAGGAGAACAGUGGUCAGGUAUCCACUGCAGAGCUCCAGGCCUCGUCUGGAUACCAGUAUGGCGAUGUGAUGGUGACAGCAGGAGAGAGUGGACAGAGAGGGAUGUUCUGGGUGCCAGCUCCUGGUCUCACUGCUGACUGUAUGGACACCAGUCCUGCAGCGUUCCUAAAGGAUCAGAGCAGUCGUUGUUCCCGGCGUGUGGUCCUGCAGCAGAACUGCAGCACUCUGCCGGCCCUCCGCAUGGACACCUAUACCACCAUCCGGCUCUUUGCUGGGAAGACUGAAGAUGCAGCAGUUGUUCCUGUGGAGGUGGCUUCAGUCAUCCUGCAGUCUGUUGAUGGGACUCAGACAGAGCUAAAGAUCAGCGGUGGAGAAAACCUCAACCCUGUUCUCCUGAAUCCAACCCUCUGUGCUAAUGUGGUGCUGAAGGUUGCCUAUGUGAUUCGGUACAACCCAGCUGGUGAGAUAGUGAAUGUGACGGUGUGUCUGGUACUUGGAUUUGUCCGUGAGGCAGCGCUGUCCCUGGAACAGGAGUUCCAUAUCACAUUUGUCCAGGAGGGUCGGCAGGAGGUGGCCGUCCACUACGGUGGAAAUCCAGGUUACGUGGUUGGACUACCUCUUGUAUCUGGAACAAGAACAGCAGGGGGGAUUGCUCGAAGCAUCGACCCCAGAGACACACUGUCUCUUCUCCACAGCGCUGAGGACCAGGACUGUCUGCAGGGAUCACAUCGGCAUCUUCCUGUCCUGUUCGGUCUGGAUUCUGUGUCCGGCUGCACAUUAAGACUGGAGGAUGCUGCCAACUGCUCCCUGGUCUUUCAGGUGCUUUUGGAUGUUCUGAGAGGACCAAACCGUGUCCAGUAUGUGGCUUCUUUUGGAAACACCCCGUUAGACUAUCCACUGGACUGGGUGCCAAUCGAGAACAACUUUAAUCCCGGGGAAGCACAGAGUUGCAUCAUCCCGUUGUCACUUCAUUUAGAAAUCGGAUGGACUAAAUAUGGAUCCUUGGUGAACCCCCAAGCUCAGAUUGUGAGCAUCAAAGAAGUAAUCCAAACCAACACCACCAGUUUGGACAUGUUGUCUGGAGGCAGCAGCAUCCUGUCAAUCAGGAGCUCUGUGGCCUUCAUACCAGUUUCUGCUGCUGCUCUUCCUGGUUACAGAGCGACGCCCACCAUCGAUGCCAAACUGCCCUUUGACUUCUUCUUCCCUUUUGUCUGAACAGCCCACGAGGACUCUUCUUCCCUUUUGUCCAAACAGUCCAUAAGGGCUCCACUCACCAGUGUAGGGUAACAUUUACCAUACUCAUUGGUUUGACAACAAGCACUGUUUGUAUGAUCAAUGUGUUCCUGUAUAUUCUGUGAAUAAUGUAUAUAGGAUGUUUGUAAAAAGAUUAUUUAACAAAUGUUUUUUUAAUAAACGAAAUCACUUCA